AUGUCCUCCACAACUGUCGUAACGGAGACGGCCCCCGUCAAGUUGGCUUUGGCCUUUGAUGCCAAGAUUCAUGACCAGUAUAAAUACACAGACUACCUUCCAGUGUACGAUGAGGAGACUCGCUUCCCACCACUACAGCCAUUCGAGUUCAAUGAUCGCGGUCUCGUCGCGGAUAAGCAGAAGCCGAAUCUUUUUUCCAAGAGCAACGCAGAUUUGAAGGUCGACAAACUCACGCCUGUCAUCGGGACUGAGAUUCGCGGGCUGCAAUUGUCCGAACUCGAUGAUCGCCAAAAAGAUGAGCUUGCGCUCCUGAUCGCCGAACGCGGGGUUGUCAUAUUCCGCGACCAAAACUUCAAGGACGUCGGCGUGGAACGUCAGAAAGAGUUUGCCCGUUAUUUUGGCCCUCUGCAUGUCCACCCCGUUGGUGCCCAUGUGAAGGAUAAUCUAGAGUUCCACAACAUUUACCUUGGACCCGACAAUGAAUACCGGGCCAGGUUUCACGACAACAGGCUGACCACUACCGGUUACCAUUCGGAUGUUUCCUAUGAACACCAACCGCCAGGCAUCACACUCCUAACUCUUCUGUCUGUCCCACCAACGGGCGGUGAUACGGCUUGGGCAUCUCACACAGCGGCAUAUGCACGUCUUUCUCAGCCCAUCAAGACAUUGCUCGAAGGCUUGCGCGCCGAGCACAGUGGGUUUCCCCAAGCCGAAAAUGCGAGGCGAGAUGGAAAAUUCGUGCGAAGAGAACCCGUCAAGACGGAGCAUCCCAUCGUUAGGAUCCACCCAGCUACUGGGCAGAAGGCUCUGUUUGUCAACCCCGGGUUCACUAAGCGGAUCAUUGGCCUAAAGAAUGAGGAGUCAGAUGCAUUGUUGCAGCUUCUAUUCAAGCACAUUACCUAUGGACAGGACUUCCAAGUUCGUAUCAGAUGGGAAGAAGGAACAGUGGCUCUUUGGGACAACCGCGUCACUUCCCACACGGCUAUCUCUGACUACAAUGUUCACAAUCCACAGGAAGGUCUGCGCCAUGGUGUCAGACUCACCACCUUGGCUGACAAGCCCACGGGCGUGAAUGGACUCCAGUCAGUGUGGGAAUAA